AUGUUGCAUCAAACAUUACUAGGGCUCUUUGACGGGUAUAUGUCCCGCGGGGAUGACCAACUUACCUCGGAGACGAAGCUUGGCGGGGCCCUUACCUACUUCCCCCCAAUCACCCCCGAGCAGCGAGGCCAGAUUGACCGUUGGACCCGCUGUGGGGUCUGCAGCCAUCCUAUGUUCCUCCUCCUCCAGGCCUACAGCCCCCUCCCUCAGGAUGCCCCCUCGACCCCGCACCACCGUAUGCUGUAUGUCUUCUGCUGCAACACCUCCGGCUGCGCGCGGGAGCCCUCGCGGAGCUGGGCCGCCUUCAGCCUGCAGGUCGACCAGGACGAUGGGGAAUCGACGUUGGCGGCCGACGCGGACGUCGUCCUUACGGCUCCUCUCCCGCCGGGCGAGCUUGCGCCCCACUCCUUCCCGCCCUGCUUCGUCCGCGUCGUGGAGGAGCCCGAGGAGGGGGAGGGGGUCACGCCGACGGACCUCGAGCUUGAGAUGAUCAAAAUGGCGGAGGCUAACUCCCGUGCCGCCGAUGCGAACCACGGCGUGCCCUUCCCGGACGACGACCUCAAGGCCCUCGCCCAGAUGGUCGACCUGAAGGACAAGCGGUCGGAUUACUACUAUGAGAAGUUCCGAACCCGCGUCGCGCGGGCCCCGACGCAGCUGCUGCGCUACCACCAACGCACGCCCCCGAUGGCCGCGACAGGGCAGGGGUUACAGGGGCGGCACGAACGCCCUUUGUUUAUGAAUCCGCACAAAUUAAAGUUGCAACAGUCCACCAUCCCGGCCUGUGCAUUUUGCGGUGCAUCGCUCGUUUAUGAGGUGCAGGUUUUGCCAACCGCGCUGUAUUACAUGCGGGUUCAUGAAUACGUGGAGGAUGUCGGGUGUAGUACGGGGGAUGAAGGGGUCGAUUUUGGGACCGCUACAGUAUACACCUGCUCAAAAGAUUGUGCUUUGCAGAAGAAGGGUGUGUAUCUGCGACGGGAAGUGCUGGUUGUGGAGGAGGCUCCGCAGGUCACUGAUGAUAAGCUGUUUAGCGAGGCUCCUGUAGAGGAAGGUGCUGCAGUCCUGCCUGGAUCGCGUAUCAAUCUGAGAGAUUCAAUGAUUGGUGAGAGUGUGGUGGGUAAGCCAUCUGGUAUACCAUGA